AUGUGUGUAACUCGGGGAGACACAAGCAAUCAGUUGUGUACUGCUUUAACAGACCACUCUGCAGAGAUGGUGGCUUUCAUUGAAAAUGCACCACAAGGAUCCCUGCUUUUCAUGGUGACCCAUGAUGAUGGAAGCACCCGGUUGAAGAACGAUGCCAAACAAGUAGUAGAAAAGCUGGGAAGUAAAGAAAUAAAGAAUAUGAAGUUUAGGUCAAGCUGGGCCUUUGUGGCUGCCAAAGGCUUCAAGCUGCCAGAUAAUAUCCAAAAAGAAAAGAUAAACCAUUCUGACAAGAAUAACAGGUACAGUGGCUGGCCAGCUGAAAUCCAGAUAGAAGGCUGUAUCCCAAGAAACCUGAUGUGAACAAAUAAAUACCCUACUUAUAAAGGCAGUUCU